AUGUCCUGGCUUGAAGUUGGAGCCGAUGAAACUCAGGCUUUUGAAAGGAAAUUUUUUAAGAUUUCAAAGCAAAAUUCAAUUGUUGAGUCAGUUUUUGAGUUUUAUCGUCGACUUCAUUUAGAAAAGAAUUUUGGAGAAAAAUUUUAUAAAGCUCAAAAGGUCAAAAUAGCAGUUGAAGAGCUAACAUGAUGCAUUCAGAUUAUAGCGCUUUUGUGGGUCCCAAAUAUUCCAAUUAAAAAUUGAAACAAGAACAAUCUGCUAUGGAGUUUUAUUGACUUCUUGAGAAUUGAUAUACUAAUUGCCCGAGAAUGGCGCUAUUUGCGCCAUUCUCUGGCAAUACGGAAAUUCAACUCCACACGGGAACGAUUUUCCACGUGUGUAGCCAUUUUUCACACAUGGAAGCCAGGAUUCUCAUGUAUGAAAAAAAUGGCUCCACAUGUAGAAAAUCUUUCCCGUGUGGAGGCGAUUUUCGGUUGCCCGAGGAUGGCGCAAAAUAUCGCCAUCCUCGGGCAAUUUCUAUACAACAUGUUCGACUUUUGGAAUUAUGGGUGAAUGCCUAUAUUUAUCAAUUCUGAUUACAUUUAUUAAUUUUUCAGGUAUUUUAGUUCUAGUUUUUGUUGUUUACCGAUCUAUUAAUAUACCUCAAACAAUUUUAAAAAUAUUUAGGAAAAUACUUUACUUAUGAGUGACCCAGCUCUCUAUACCUUCUAUGAUUUUAUUUUCCAUAUUUUUGAAAUAUAAUUUUUCGACACAAAAAGAAGUGGCAGAGUACGAAAACCACAAUAAAUUCAGUGACUUUGAGAUAAAUACUCCAUGACAAGUGCUGACUGUUAUUGCAAUGGUAGUCUCAUUUAUUCUGCUUUUAUUUUUUGCUGAAUUUUCCGGAGAAAUUAGGCAUUCUGCAGCUUUAAAAAAUUUGGGGUCAAGAGCUCAUUCGAAAAUUGAAGUUCAUAAAGCGAUUUUUACGUACUCUUUUCCAAUCCUUUAUGCUAUACUAGCAGAAGAUUACAUUGCUUAUUUUCAAUUAUAUACGUUGGUAACUUCAGGAUUGUUUACAAUAGAAACUAUGAUAUUUAAUCCUUACUAUUGUCUUUAUUACCACGUUCUAGUAAUUGUUCGAUUUUCUAUAGUUGCUUUAGUAUCUUUUAUAUUUCUUUUAGGAUACUGACUUAACAACUCUUUAUUAAUUACUUUGCUUACGAUAAUUUUGGUGCCUUUGUACUCAGCACUAAUUAUUAUUUUUGUCUUGAAAUCAACUAAAAAGAAAUCACAAAGCAUUCCCAGAAACUUGGUGGACAUAGGCUCUAAGUAUUGUUUAGAAAAAUCACUUACUCCCCCCUCCGUGAGUGAGCAAAAUCAUUGAAAAAUCUCCAAAAGCCCGCCUCCGUAAUCGAACAAAAUGUUUUUUGAAAAAAUAUUUUGAUAUAUAAGCGAUAAUUAUUGUUAGAUAAUUCUGUUUAAUUUUAAACAAUUUGCAUUUUAAAUAAAUUUCAAUUAAAUAAAUAUUUGCUUUCUAUUUUUUUAUGAAUUGGGGAUUUUUUCAAAUAUCGAAAAAAAAUUUACUUAAACUCUUUCCAUAAGCGAAUAAAAUAUUUUUGUUCACUCACGGAGCAGGGGAAUUAGAUAUGCAUUAUGUUCUAACGACUUUGAUCAAAAAGGCAAAUUAAUUUACAUUUUUGAAAAAUAUUUUUUAGAGAGGACAUUAAAUAGAGACAAGCUUCAAGUGAUAUGAGCAGCGAAUUAUUGUUUAUUUGUUCUCAAAGAUGAAUCAUUAGCUAAAGUUAAGUUAAGUAAAACUAAAAGUAUUUCCGAUUAUAGCCUAGAGGCAAAUUAUCAAGAACAUCUUUGUAAUAAAAAAAUUCAGAACUUUGUUCCAAGUGAAAGCACAAAUUUUCUAAACUAUUUGCAACGCUUAAAAAAAUUAAAAAAACAAGAUAGCAAACUAUGCAUAAAUUUAUUAAAAUUUUGAAAAGAAGCCACAGCAAGUAAGCCUUCUCUCAGGAUAUUAAUAAAAUAUCUAAAUUUCAUUAAUUAUAGCAUAGAAUUCCUUAGCAAGGAAUACCCUCAAUUAAUGACCAAAUUUUUCAAUUCUAGAGAACCCAUUUCUCUUUAUUCAUCAUAUACAGGAGGAAUUCUUUAUAAUUAUGAAAAAUCAACUUUUCUUGACAACAAAUUUAGAGGUUUCAAUAGGGUUAUGCAGAAUUCUCAAAAUAAUUCAAAGAAUUUAGACUAUUUUAACGAGAAUAAUGGAAUCUUAAUUAUUUCAGCUGAAGAAGAAAAUUUUGGAGAAAUUUUUUACGCAAAUCAAAAAGCUGCAGAAAUCCUGAAAACUCCUUUACAAUUCCUUAUUAGCACCAGUAUGUCGGUUUUUAUUCCUAAUUGCUAUAAAGAAAUAUUUAGAAAAGAAAUGAGAUGAAAUGUUCAUUUCCAGCCGUACUCCGAAAGAGAUUUAAAUGAUGGAUUUUUUUUAACUCUUCCAACAGGUUUUCUAUUGGAAUGCAUAGGCAAAUCAUCAAUUACUUCUAUAAAUAAUUAUAUUGCCACUAUUUUAGUUUUUAAACCAAAGGAGCCUAAAUAUCAAUCUGCUCUAAUUUCAGAAUCAGGAGAAAUUUGCUGUCACUCGGAAUAUUUUUCAAAAUUUUCGAAUUUUAUUAAUAGCAAUUUAGUUGGAUAUUCUUUGAAAAAUUUGUACUCUGGCUUAGAAGAAUAUAAUUUAAAGCCGUUUACUCCGUACCGUUUAAGAAAUUUUGAAAAUGAAACAAUAUUAGUUAUAUCGCAUGUUCUAUUCAAUAAAGUUAAAGUUCCAUACGUAUUAUUGACAGAUGAUCUCGAAGAAAUAAAAAAAUGAAAAGAAGGUGCCUUUGAGUUGCCACAUGAUGAAGCGGAAGAAGAAAAAGGACAAGAAAACAGCCAAAUAUCAUUAAAUUUAUCAAUAUCGCUAGAUACAGAAGAGGAUAGCCCAGAAUUACACAAUAAUAUCGAGCAAGACUAUAUUGAUUCCAAUGCAAAUCUAAAACCAAUAAAUUUAAACGAAACCUCAGAAAUCGACGAAAAUAACAAAUUUGAAGAGAGACCAGGAGAAAGAUCCCCAACAUCCCACUCCUCACAAAAAUCCUUUCUUGAUAUGAUGAUAACAUCUUCAAGAUCGAUAAACAUUUUACACACAGUUUAUGUGAUUUCAGUAAUUUUUAUGCAGAUUUUGGUCGUAAUUGCUACAAAUAUUGCAGUUUUAAUUUUCGCUUAUAUAAAUAUCGGUUUCGUCAGUAGCAUCACAUUCCCAACCACUGUUGGAAAAUUAGGAAAUUAUUUCCAAAGUUUAGGAUUCAUGGCAAGAGUGCUUUAUUUUACUGGAUCUAAUAAUAUUGAUGUUAAAAAUGUUAUGUAUAAUGGCAUUAUAGCUGGCACUAAUGAACUAGAAAGCAUGUAUAGGGAGGCUGUAAAUAAUUUAGGAAACUGGGACUAUUGCUCAAGCCGAAGUAUUUUUACUGAUGAUAAAAUUAAUAUAUACAAUGAAGAAACCCAAAUUUAUAAAAAAACGAAUUUAUUGGAUACCACUGCAUUAUUUAUUAAAAAUGUAAAGCUUAUUUAG